UUAGGCCACGCAAAACUUGAUAGAAACCAUGGCCAUCAUAUUAAAGAUCCAAAAUCUAUAUUCCUUCGCUGCUCCAACCUUUCCUUUCCACGCCAAGAAAAAGAAAAUGAAGAGUUAUCAGUCUAUUCUUAUUUUGCUGCUGAUGAUAUUGCCGCUUCUUUUAUCCCCAAAUGCAGUGGAGGGAGGCAAGCGAAAGAUUCACAUUACCGACGAUCUGGACGACGUCGUUGACGAUGAAGAAGACGAAGCCUGGAAAGAAUGGGGUAAGAAGAAAACUUCUCAAGAAUUCGAUCCCCCCCCUUCCGAUUUCGAUAAGAUGGAGCUUUCCCAGAUUCAGGAGGAAAUCAUGAAGCGCCAUACCGGCCCUGCUUUUGGCUUCGUUAAGCUCCGCUUGGGCAUUCCCCGGGAUAAGAACAUGGUAGCUGAAAUUGCUCUGAAAUGGACCCAACUUUUGAGAACGGGAGCGCUUGGGGUGAAAUUCAUGGGCAUUGAUUUAGGCACAAUCAUGUUCAACGUGGAAGAUGGGCACAAAGUAUUAGAGUUGAAGGAGUUCAUACUGAGCCAGGACGAGGCCUACGAAAUCAAGAUUGGGGAUAAAGUUUAUAGAAGAGCAGGAGAUCCGCCGAUCGAAGUGGUCGCUGAGAAACUUCGCCAAUCCAAGAAAAACGAAGAGCAUGUGAAAGAAGAACUGUAAUUGGCUGGAAAUUCUAUUCUAAUCACUUCUUUGUCACGUUACUUAAAAAGAUUAAUUUAAUUGCAUUGCAUUGCACGAUCAGGGAGCAUCUGAUGCAUUGACUCUGUAAAAUUAAAGCCUGCUUGACUCAAUUCAUAAACCUCUGCUUGUUAUCUGGAUUAUUGAUAAUCAGAGCUUCUCCUUUCGCAUCUUAAUCCAAA